AUGAGGGAGUCACGGCCAAGGCUAAGCGGUGCCUCUUCCUCCACCGACUCAUUUUCAACCCCUUCGGCGUCUCCAACACCAUCACCGUCUCCGGCACCACAACGUCAGCACAACACGUUACUCGAACCAUCUCAUCAAAACAAGAAAAAGGGGAAGAAAGUCUUCCGAGUCUUCCGCUCCGUUUUCCGUUCUUUUCCGAUCAUCACACCGGCGGCUUGCAAGAUCCCCGUCCUCCCGGGCGGUAGCUUACCUGACCCGCAUAGAGGCGGGUCAAGCGGGUCUAGAGUCACGGGAACCUUGUUCGGAUACCGUAAAGGCCGCGUAAGCCUCUCAAUUCAAGAAAACUCUAGAUGUUUACCAUCUCUCGUCGUCGAGCUAGCGAUGCAAACAAUGGUGCUACAAAAAGAGCUAAGCGGAGGAAUGGUAAGGAUCGCUCUGGAGACGGAGAAGCCAGGUGAUAAAGAGAAGACCAAGAUCAUGGACGAGCCGUUAUGGACAAUGUAUUGUAACGGCAAGAAAACGGGGUACGGUGUGAAACGUGACGCGACGGAGGAAGAUCUUAACGUGAUGGAGUUGUUGAGACCGGUUUCGAUGGGUGCAGGUGUUUUGCCUGGAAACUCGGAGGUUGAAGGACCUGACUCGGAGAUGGCUUACAUGAGGGCUUACUUCGAACGAGUCGUUGGGUCUAAAGAUUCAGAGACUUUUUACAUGUUGAGUCCCGAAGGGAAUAAUGGACCCGAACUUAGUAUCUUCUUCGUAAGAGUAUGA